UGUGUUGUUUUCUUAGGCCUGACCCGAUGGCUCCAUUUGCCGCUGGCGGUGCCGAUCUGGACCCUUUCGGGGGAAGAGCAGGAGGGAUGAUCGUCGAUCCAUUACGUGCCGGGUUUCCUCGCUCAGGGUUUGACCCCUCCUCUGGUAUUCCUGGAGUCCUUCCCCCUGGUGCUGUGCCUCCUGGUGCCCGCUUUGACCCCUUUGGGCCGGUUGGGCGACACAGACCUGGGCCAGACCCUGAUCACAUGCCCCCACCAGGAUAUGACGACAUGUUCAUGUAGAUGCACUAAUAUCCCAUAGUUCUCGCUGCUCUGCAGUGAUAUGCACUUUGUGUUUGAAUAAACUGGGUUGUGGUGAAACAUAAUUACUCUUAAUAAUUCUGUUACAGAAUUAUUAUUAAAACAAUAACAUAAUUGGUUAUUUUGAUAUUGCCAAAAAAAUAACAACUGAUAAUUCCAUUUUUGUCUGAUUGUGUUCUUCCUGGUUGCUCUUUUUUUGCUACUGACUCGUGCUGCAAUUCUAUAUUAAACUGCUUUUAUUCAAUCCCAUGUGAUUGAUAUUUUUCUGAUAUUAAAGACUGUUAAUCUGCCUGACAGACAAUAAUACAUUUGAAAACAACUUCAUUAAAUAAGGGACCUCGGCCAUAUACUAUUAUAGUUUUUCUGAAUAUUCAAUAUUGUUGUGUU